CCCAUAUGCCUGGCCCUCAGUGUUCUGCCUAGGAGCCUCUUUGACCUCUGGUAUACACUUGGCCCAGCUGGCCUUAGAGGUGCCCCUUGGGGAUGUUGGGGCCGGUGGCCAUAGCCUAGGCUGCUGGGGACUGUGGUUUUAUGGAGGAGUCGAACCUUCUGCUUCCAUUUCCCACUCUGUGAAAUGGGCUCAGCCUUUUUCCUCAAAUGUGUUACUUUCCAUCUUCUGAUAAUAGCCAUCGUAGUGGGGGUGAAGUGGUAUCUCAUUGUGGUUUUAUUGAUGCCCUUGAGUAUGGCGUUGGCGAAGAAUAUUGGAUACACCACAGACUGCCUGAAGAACGAACAAAUCUGUCUUGGAAGAAGUAGAGCCAGCAGGUGCCUUGGAAGUGAGGACAGCAAGACUUUGUCUCAGCCUCAGCCCCGUGGGCCCCACCAAGUGAGCAGCAUGUGGCACCCCUGGGCCAGCCCGGUGUCCUUCGGCCUAUUGCCUAGCCCUCCUAGGAGGCCCUGACGCCCUGGGGCACUUCCACCCUGCGAAGGACCACGCGAGGGUUUGCCAUGGUGACAUAAAGGGGUGCGAAGGAAGGAAGGAGCACAACCAACCAGUGGACUGCGCCCCUGGCUGGGGGGAAGGGCCAGGGGCCCGAUCCUCCACGCCCUCUGCCCGCUGAGGACCUCGCUUCCUAAGUCUCUGUGAAUUUGUUGGUCGGUGGACUCUUGUGUCUCCAGCGUGUGGCCUUGGGGUGGCCAGGGCAGCCCAGGCCUCUGGCAGCCGAGGUCGCAGGGCCAGGAUGCCCACCCUGGGACGCCUCCGGAGGCUGUGUCGGCACAUGUCCCCCCAGACCGUGCUUUUCCUGCUGUUUAUCUUCUGCGUGGUCAGUGUUUUUGUCUCAGCCUAUUACCUGUACGGCUGGAAGCGGGGCCUGGAGCCCUCAGCUGAUGCCCCUGAGCCUGACUGUGGGGACCCGCCGCCCGUGGUGCCCAGCCGCCUACUGCCGCUCAAGCCUGUGCAGGCGGCCGCCCCUUCCCGCACGGAUCCAUUGGUGCUGGUGUUUGUGGAGAGCCUCUACUCACAGCUGGGCCAGGAAGUGGUGGCCAUCCUGGAGUCCAGCCGCUUCAAGUACCGCACAGAGAUCGCACCAGGCAAGGGUGAUAUGCCUACGCUCACCGACAAGGGCCGCGGCCGCUUCUCCCUCGUCAUCUAUGAGAACAUCCUCAAGUACGUCAACUUGGACGCCUGGAACCGGGAGCUGCUCGACAAGUACUGUGUGGCCUACGGUGUGGGCAUCAUUGGCUUCUUCAAGGCCAAUGAGAACAGCCUGCUAAGUGCACAGCUCAAAGGCUUCCCACUCUUCCUGCACUCGAACCUGGGCCUGAAGGACUGUAGCAUCAACCCCAAGUCCCCGCUGCUCUACGUAACGCGGCCUAGCGAGGUAGAGAAGGGUGUGCUGCCCGGCGAGGACUGGACCGUGUUCCAGUCGAACCACUCCACCUACGAGCCAGUGCUGCUGGCCAAGACACGCUCGUCAGAGUCCAUCCCGCACCUGGGUGCCGACGCUGGCCUGCAUGCCGCACUGCACGCCACUGUGGUCCAGGACCUGGGCCUCCACGACGGCAUCCAGCGCGUGCUGUUUGGCAACAACCUCAACUUCUGGCUGCACAAGCUGGUCUUCGUCGACGCUGUGGCCUUCCUCACGGGCAAGCGCCUCUCCCUGCCUCUAGACCGCUACAUCCUGGUGGACAUCGAUGACAUCUUCGUGGGCAAGGAGGGCACACGCAUGAAGGUGGAGGACGUGAAGGCCCUGUUUGACACACAGAAUGAACUCCGCGCACACAUCCCAAACUUCACCUUCAACCUGGGCUACUCAGGGAAAUUCUUCCAUACAGGUACUGACGCCGAGGACGCUGGGGAUGACCUGCUGCUGUCGUACGUGAAGGAGUUCUGGUGGUUUCCGCACAUGUGGAGCCACAUGCAGCCCCAUCUCUUCCACAACCAGUCCGUGCUGGCCGAGCAGAUGGCCCUGAACAAGAAGUUCGCUGUCGAGCACGGCAUUCCCACAGACAUGGGGUAUGCCGUGGCACCCCACCACUCGGGUGUGUACCCUGUGCAUGUGCAACUGUAUGAGGCCUGGAAGCAGGUGUGGAGCAUCCGCGUGACCAGCACAGAGGAGUACCCUCACCUGAAGCCAGCCCGCUAUCGCCGCGGCUUCAUCCACAACGGCAUCAUGGUCCUCCCACGGCAGACCUGCGGCCUCUUCACACACACCAUCUUCUACAACGAGUACCCUGGCGGCUCCAGCGAGCUGGACAAGAUCAUCAACGGGGGCGAGCUCUUCCUCACCGUGCUCCUCAAUCCUAUCAGCAUCUUCAUGACGCACCUGUCCAACUAUGGGAAUGACCGCCUGGGUCUAUACACCUUUAAGCACCUGGUGCGUUUCCUGCACUCCUGGACCAACCUCCGGCUACAGACUCUGCCCCCGGUGCAGCUGGCCCAGAAGUACUUCCAGAUCUUCUCUGAAGAGAAGGACCCCCUCUGGCAGGACCCCUGUGAGGACAAGCGCCACAAAGACAUCUGGUCGAAGGAGAAGACGUGUGACCGCUUCCCGAAGCUCCUCAUCAUUGGCCCCCAGAAAACAGGCACAACAGCUCUCUACCUGUUCCUGGGCAUGCACCCGGACCUGAGCAGCAACUACCCCAGCUCUGAGACCUUUGAGGAGAUCCAGUUUUUUAACGGCCACAACUAUCACAAAGGCAUCGACUGGUACAUGGAGUUCUUCCCCAUCCCCUCCAACACCACCUCCGACUUCUACUUUGAGAAAAGCGCCAACUACUUUGAUUCAGAAGUGGCGCCCCGCCGGGCAGCUGCCCUGUUGCCCAAGGCCAAGGUCCUGACCAUCCUCAUCAACCCUGCAGACCGGGCCUAUUCCUGGUACCAGCACCAGCGAGCCCAUGAUGACCCAGUGGCCCUGAAGUACACCUUCCACGAGGUGAUCACUGCAGGUCCCGACAUGUCCUCGAAGCUGCGUGCCCUCCAGAACCGCUGCCUGGUCCCCGGCUGGUACGCCACCCACAUCGAGCGCUGGCUCAGCACCUUUCACGCCAACCAGAUUCUGGUAUUGGAUGGCAAACUGCUGCGGACAGAACCUGCCAAAGUGAUGGAUACUGUGCAGAAGUUCCUUGGGGUGGCCAACACCAUUGACUACCACAAAACCUUGGCGUUUGAUCCAAAGAAAGGAUUUUGGUGCCAACUGCUCGAAGGAGGAAAAACCAAGUGUCUGGGCAAAAGCAAGGGCCGGAAAUACCCAGAGAUGGACUUGGAUUCUCGAGCCUUCCUGAAGGAUUAUUACCGAGACCACAACAUCGAGCUUUCCAAGCUGCUAUACAAGAUGGGCCAGACCCUGCCCACCUGGCUGCGGGAGGACCUCCAGAACACCAGGGUCCUUCCCCAGCCUGGAGGACCUGGAUCUGUCUCAGUUCUGGACCGAUUCCCUUUUCUCAAGUUCUACACUGGGGUGAAGAAAGUUGAGUACUGGACCAGCUAUGUAGUUUCAUCGUGUCCCAACAGGAGAGUUACCAUCACGCUUCUCACUGGGUCCUUUAAACCUGGAGACUUUGGGCCAUGAGAGGACGGCGCAGAUGAAGAGCUGAGUGUCUGAGGUCAGAAUGGAAUGUCCACACACACACGUGUGAAGGUGGCCCACACAGUGGGAUCAGAUGGCCAGAGUGGGGCAGUGAUUUCAUAGUUCAGCUCUUGGGCCUCACUUCCCAUCUGUCGUUGAGGGGUUGGGCUCUGUGUCUGUGAGGACCUUACAGCUCCCACAUUCUCUGGUCUAUCCUCUGGGCCUGGAGGCCUGCUUCUGUCUCCUGGAGCCCAGGAGGCCCAGGUUGACUGAAUGGAGCUGACACUUACAGCGCAGACAGUUAGCUUCUCUCUGCCUCUGGCCUGGGAAAGGAGCAGACAGGCUUGAGCCCUGUGGGAACAGAGGAGAUAUUGUGAAUUUUGUCCAGGCCCUUUCCGGGGGACUGGACACCUGAGCUGCAUGUGUUCUAAGUCUGUCUGGCCGCAGCUGCUGCCUCUCUUCCCACUAACAAAUCUUUCCUAAGGACCCCUGGGUUGGACACUGCCAGGACCUUCAGGGAUGGGAAUAGGUCUCCCUAGGGGUGCUCAGCUAAUGGGCCCACAGAUUCCCCCAUGAGAAGUAAAACCAGGGACCAGUGGGUGCAGCAUCAUCAGCAUCUCUAAUCUUUACCAACUCACUGUAAGUGAUUGGCCAAAAAAGUGAGGGAGAGAGAGAAAUAGCUUGAAUGGUGCAGGUGAUCCAUGAGCCUUGUCCCCAGGUGGGUGCAGCUGCCUUUGUCAUUCCAGGUCCCCAUAGACUCCCACGGUGCGGGCGUCUUACCACUGGGAGGGCAAGUCUGCAGUUUAAACAUGGACCUUUUCCCAACCCCUAAAUACAAGGAAAGGAGCCCUGGUGGUACAGCAGUUAAGUGCUUGGCUGCUAACCGAAAGGUCAGCAGUUCCAACUCACCCCAUGGCUCUGUGGGAGAACUGUGGCAAUCUGCUCCCGUAAAGAUUACAGCCUAGAACACCCCGUGGGACAGUUCUGCUCUGUCACAUGGGUCGCUAUGAGUCGGAAUCGACUCCACGGCACCUAACAAUAACAUACAAUCGGGGCAGCCAUGCCUCUGGGGCCCUGCGGAGGAAGCUGCAGUCUGUGACCGCCAGAGGACGUCCGGCUGGCUGGACUGCCCUAGCGGAAACUGGCGGUCCCCAGUGUGGUGCCGUCCCCACAGGUUGUUAGUGAGAAGAGCAAGUAAAAAAAUGUUUUGCCGUCAUUUUAUCAUGAACACCGAUACCCCUACCAUCUAGAAUUAAAAUGAUUAACAUUUUUGCCACUUUUGUUUCUCUAUAUAUGUAUUUUUCUGAACUGUUUUAAAAGUUGCAAACAUCAUGAGACUUCUCCCCUAGAUGCUUUGGCCAGCAUCUCCUAAGAAUUAGGACGUUUUCCUUAAUAUUGGCUAAAUAUUUUUUUUGUCAGAGCCCUGGUGGCGCAGUGGUUAAGAGCUCAGCUGCUAACCAAAAGGUCGGCAGUUGGAAUCCUCCAGCCACUCCUUGGAAAUCCUCUGGGGCAGUUCUACUCUGCCCUAUAGGGUUGCCGUGAGUCUGAAUCCGCUCGAUGGCCAUGGGUUUGGCCCAAUAUUACACCCGAGACAACAGUCAUUUCCUAACAGCAGCUGCUGUCCAGUCCAUAUUUAAAUGUUCCCAAUUGUCUCUCAUGUAACUUGUAGCUGCUUUUCAAAUCAGGAUCCAGUCAAGGUGCACACAUUGCAUUUUGUACAGUGCUUCUUUCAUCUCUUUGAAUGCUGAAGAGACCCCACCCCACCCCACUGCACCCCCAGCACAUACACACACUUUGAUUUUGUAAACAAUGUUGAUUUUUGGAGGCUAGCUUACAGCCUGCUGCAGGUAGAAGCCCCACAUCCUGGCUUUGUCUGGUUGUCUCUCAUGGUAUCGCGUAGCCAGCUCCUCUCUCCCCUGUAUUGUCAAGGGUGAUUUGGCUGUGUGGGCUUUUGUCUUCUGUGCUGGGACUUGGCAGUGUCACUCCUGCCCAGGUGUGCUCCCACUGUCACAUGUACCAACCAAGUGCCAAGCUGGCAGAGGGGCAGCCGGAGCUCCAGGGGCUUGGGGGAGGGUGAGGGGGGGCUUCCUGGAGAAGACAGCGUUCCACUGGGCCCAGGAGGGAAGGGAUAGUGGACACCCUAGAAGGCAUUGGGGCCCUGCUGAGAAUGAGAUCACUUGGGUCAGGAGGAGCCUGUGCUGCCCUUUUGAGCUGAGGAUGGUCCACAGGCACCAAACAGCAUCUCUGUCUGUCUGUCUGUCUCUCUCUCUCGUGGUCCUUGGGUUUUCACUCCUUAGAGGCCCAUGGUCUGUUCUGGACUCAGGUGUGCACUUGAGCAGAGCCGCCCCUGGGACGCAUUGGGAAGGCCUGCGUGGGGAGCUGCCUCCCCAGGCCAUGGUGUUGGGGAGAAGAGCACUGGGCUGGAGGCAGGGGAGCUGAGGUUGAGUCCCACCGGGUACAUUUAGUGGCUAUGUGAUGGCCAUCCUCCCAGGGCCCACAUUACCCCAUCUGCAAAAUGAAUGGAUGGGGCUGCAGCAGUGGUUUUCAAACAUCAGAGUCCUCAGCAGAAACAGCAGGUAGGGCAGAAGGGACCAGGUCUGCUCCAGUUGCUGUGAGGUUGGGGGACCCAGAGACUCCCUCAUCCAGAGGCCUUCGAGGCCGUGCUGGGAUCGGGUUUGCCAAGCCUGAGGUGGUUGCCCUUGGGACUUGCCCUGCCAGCUCAGGUGGCCAGAGGUGGCUUAGCUCCUCCAGCGGGCCAGGCUUUGUGUGGAAUCAAGGCCCAGGGCCUGGGGGAAAACGGGUUGCAUUUUACUCUAAGAAGUCCAUCCUUCCUGCUCCUCUUCUUCUCUGGUCCUAGAGGAGGAGGAGGAGGAGGAGGAGGGGUUUUCUAUGACUGUGUAGCUUUUAUUAUCAGCAAGAGGGCUCCUUUUGUAAUUAUUGCAUGAAAUUCAUGUCAUUUCCUGGGGAGAGGAGAGGGCUGACUGGAGAGGGUGGGGGCACAUCAGGGGAGCAGGCAAAGGCUUCCUUCCCAUGCUGGGGGGUGGGGAGGGCUGGAGAGGAGGCGCUACCCAGCUCAUCUGAUGAGGGCUCUCAAACCAGCCGUUUUGGGUUGUGUUAAAAGUGGCAACCUUCCUCCAUUAAUGUACAAUCUUGAACUAACUGCUAAUAAAGUGGGGUUCUGUUUGUACACAUUGGUCCUGUUUGUCUGUCUGUGAGAUCUUUUUGCAAGGGCGGGGGGGUGUGGAGAUGGGGAUGUUUGCGUGCACGGCCAAUGUCUGUGCCCCAUUUGCCCUUUGCAGAUAGCAUAGGCCUAUCUCAGGAGCAGCCACCUGGAGCGGCUCAGAUGACCGAAACUAGAUAGCUCAGAAGUGCUGGGGAUGGAGCAUGGCUCUGAGAGCCAGGAAGCGCAGAGACUAGAAUGACUUCUGCCACCGAUGGGUCUUGUGACUGGCAAGUCACUGCUACUCUUUAGUCGUGCCUUCUCUGGGAGAACGUGUUUAAAAUGCAGAUUCCCAGAUCCUGCUUCGGGAGAUUCUUCUCAAGUAGAAGGGGGUGGGGCCGAAACAUCUGCAUUUUUAACAAGCCCCCCAGCAUGCUGAAGCUUCCCGCUGUAGAAAACCCUGCCUCAGGCUGAUGGUCCCCACAGGUUCUAGUUCAGGUUGAGAGCCCCACUGUCCAAGGAGCUGCAGCUUUGGUUGAAGCAAAUCACUUUCUACCCUUCACAGCCUAAUUGAGGGCCUGACUUGAGAUUUGCCUGGAGGGGAGAGCGCUGGGGCCAAGCAGAGAGGUCCUGGCCAGCUGUCUGCAAUGGGAUCCCCUUGGGGAGCUUUUAAAAAUGCAUAUUCCUGGGCUCCCCCAAAUUUACUCAGAACCUCUGGGAGUGGGACAGCAGUGUGUAUUUCAAAAAAAUCCCUGAUGCAUGGGAACGUGGGGGAACCCGUGAAUCAGGCCACCACCUACGAGCUAGGAGAAGAUCCAUGGAACUGCAGACAGACAGCUCCCAAGGGGUGUGGGAGGGGUGUGCUGAGAGGUCCCACUCCAUGACCAGGAGCUAGGAGAGUGGACUGAGAGGUCCAAGUGAACACACCAAAAUACCAGUCCCAAUGGCACAAGGGCAACACCUGCAGAGACCUCUGGGGUAUAUCAGCUGUGAGCUGGAUGUGGCCAUCAUCAACAAGAAUGUAGCUGGAGGUUGUGUUAAUGAGAACAGCGCCUUCCUAAGAAGGGAGGUGAGAAACCCAUGGUGCUCAGACUAUGCCUGGAGGCUGGACUUCUGAUCAGGGUUCUACCUUUUGAUGAACACUGACCACAUGUAUCAUCCUCAGGAGGGUGACCAGGCCAUUGAGGGAGACGUGGAAGCCACAUCACGUGAGGGCAGAGUUUGUUGGCCUGGAGAGGACUUUGGGAGAGACUUGGCCACUGUCUUCCAGUUUCUAAAAGGCUGCUCCAGGUUGGGGGAAAGAGAAGAGUCUUCUGGAGGGCCAAGGGGGCAGGACCAGGGCUGGCAUCUGAGAGUUACAGGGAGAGGAAGGAGCUGUUCUGCAGGCAUGGGCACAAUUGGCCAAAGUGUGUGUAUUAGUUUUUGUUGCUGCUGUAACAAAUGACCACACACUUACUAGCUUAAAACAACACACAUUUAUUAUCUCCCGGUUCUGGAAGACAGAAAUCCAAAAUAGGUCUCAGUGGGCUGAAAUCAAGGGGUCAGCAGAGCACUUCUGCCCUCCUCUUCCUCCCACCUUCCACAAAGGACUUUUGUGAUUACAUUGGAUAAUUCCAUCUGCAGUUUGGAUUCCCCCUUGCCAUGUAACCAAACCUAGCACUGGUUCCUGGCACUAGGAUGUGGAUGUUUUGGGGGGCUAUUAUUAUGCCUACCAUGGGGGUAAGGAGCUUCCUCUUUUGAGGGAGAUCCAACCCAAGGCUGGAUGGCCACUUCCCAGCAUGAUACCAAAGGGAUUCUUGUGUCAGGUAAGGGACCAGACUACAUCAGAGAUUUUAGAACUUUCAACAGCUAAGACGUUUUUUGAAAGAAAAAUUUAAUUGAAAAACCAGAUAAAGGUAGGGGUGAUCUGGUUGGAGAGGGAGGACUUUCACCAGCUCAACGCCUUCUCCCUGUCCCCCAUCCUAUCUUGAAACCCUAAGAGUCCUUGAAACACAUUGCAAAAACCCAGCCCAGCUUCUCUCAAGCUCCAAGAGUCCUGCAGUUCUAGCGAUAGUGAGUAAAGCACAUCAGAGUCUCCUCGCCCCUCACAGUCAGGAGCCCACUCAGAAUCUGGACCCCCAGUAGCGGUCCGGCUCCCAGAGGCAGGCAGCUCCCUCGGAGAAGCCCUGGGCCGUGUACAUAGAUAGGGUGGUGUGUUUUAUGGUAGCAAAACCCUAGUGACAACCCAGAUGUCCAUCCACAGGGGAUCUGCUAAUAACCUGCAAAUGGUGCUGCAAUGAUGAUACAGUUAAAAAUAGCUCACUCAAUCUCCACGUUCUGGCAGGGAAGUCUCUACAAGCCUGACCAUUGGUGAAAAGAGACUGUGUCGUGGAUUGAAUUUUGUCCCCCCCAAAAUGUGUGUAUCAACUUGGUUAGGUUACGAUUCCAGGAUGGUAUGGUUGUCCUCCAUUUUGUGAUUGUAAUUUUAUGUUGAGAGGAUUAGAGUGAGAUUGUAACACCAUCCUUACUCAGGUCACCUCCCUGAUCCAAGGUAAAGAGUUUCCCUGGAGUGUGGCCUGCAGCACCUUUACUCUCUCAAGAGAUGAAAGGGAAGCAAGCAGAGAGUUGGGGACCCCAUACCACCAAGAAAGCAGCACUAGGAGCAGAGCGUGUCCUUUGGACCCUGGCUCCCUGUGCCUGAGAAGCUUCUUGACCAGGGGAAGAUUGAGGACAAGGACCUUCCUCCAGAGCCGACAAAGAGAGAAAGCCUUCCCCUGGAUCUGACACCCUGAAUUUGGACUUGUAACCUACUAGACUGUGAGAGAAUAAAUUUCUCUUUGUUAAAGCCAUCCACUUGUGGUAUUUCUGUAUGGCAGCACCAGAGGACUAAGACAGACUGCUACACAAGAUGUAUUUUUCCCGGGGGGUAUAGGUGUAUGUAUCUUUCACACUAAACUGAUAACAGUGCUACUUCUGGAGGAGGGUGCGGAGUUUGGGAGGGGGGCUUUCAAAGGGGACUGAAACUUUUGUUUUAACAAGGACGAUGUAUUCAUGUAUCAUUUGUAUAAUGGAAAAGUCUUAAUAAAACAACUAAAAAUGAAAUGGGUGAAGCAGAAAGGGGGACUUCAGGCAGCUGGACUGUUGUAUGGAUGAUGUCACAAGGGCGGGUGUCCUUAACUAGCCCUUAGGCUCCCAUAGAGUGAAGGUCCUAAGGCAGCCCAGGCGGGUGGGGGAAGGUUCUGCCUUCCUACACUUUUUCUGAACUGAGGAUCCUGCCUCUGGUGUUCACCUGCUGUGUGUCUGUGGACAAGUCUCGGCUCCUUUCUGGCCCCCUGAGCCUCAGUGUCCCCAUUCUGGCAGGUGGGAGAGUUAGCUGUAACGUCACCUGAUAAACUGACAUCAUGUGCCCUGGGAAGGACACAGCAUAGCACCUGUGGAAUUUCUGAUCAAAACAACAACACAUAAACUGAAUCUGGCCACGAGGAAACUGCAGGCUCACCCAUAUUAAGGGACAGUCUUGCAAAAUAACUGGCCUGAACUUUAAACAUGUCAGGGUCACAAAAGAUCAAAGCUGAGAAAUGGCUCAGGAUUAAAGGAGAGCUGGCAAUCAGAUGUGAUGUGUGGCCUUGGAGGGGUUCUGGACCAGAAAACAAUUAGCUGUAAAACACACUAUUGGGAUAAUUGGUGAAACGUGAAUAGGGACAGUGAUGAUAAUACUGCUUCAAGGUGAAAUUUCCUGAUUUUGGUUUUUGUGCAGUUAUGUAAGAGAAUAUCACUGUAAGAGUAUGAGCUGAAAUAUUUAGGGGUAAGAGGGAAGAAAUGGGGGAGGAAACCCUAUGGGGCAGUUCUACUCUGUCCUGUAGGGUCUUUUAUGAGUCAAUCGACUGACUCUUCGGCAAGGGGUUUGAUUUGUCUAGUGGAUGAGAUUGGAACUUACCGGGUGCAGUAAGUGUGUGUCCACCAGGGGGCGCCAUCACCCAACCUCAGGUUUGUGUCAGUGUGACUUAGAUGGGCCUGGUGGUUAAGAGCGGUGGGCUAAUAAUAUGAUUGGGGUCCCUGGGUGGUGCAAAGGGUUAAUGUUCUGGGUUGCUAACUAAAAGUGGUUCAAGUCCACCCAGAGGUACCUUGGAAGAAAGGCCUGGUGAUUUAUUUCCAAAAAAUCAAUCAUUGAAAAUCCUAUGGAGCAUAGUUCUACUUUGACACGGGGUCAUCAUGAGUCAGAAAUGAGUCUCAAUGGCAACUAGUUAAUACUAUGACUAUACUAUGAUGAAUAAUGAUAUCAAUACAUUAAAUAAUAUAAUAAAAGGUAUUGCUUACUCAGGCAGGCUUUUUGCUUGUCAAGUGCUAGCUCCUUUAAUCUUCGUAAUGAACCAUCUCUAAGGUAGGUAUCUUCAUUCCCAUUUUGUGGAUGAGACAUCUGAGGCUCAGAGAGGUUAAGUAAUUCUGCCAGGGUCACACAGCUGGGAGUCCCCAGUCCAUGAGACUUCACAGCCUGGGGCCCACUGGGCAGUUCUGCCUCCUGGGCUGGUGGCCAGGAGUUGACCUUAUUUUGGGAGCUGAGAAGAGCAGUGCCCAUGAGGCAGGAUGGGGAAAACUCACAGAGCCUGGCCCUGCACCUCACUGGGCUGGGGACUGGACAGUCAUGGGGAGCCUCCAAUGAUGAUUCAAAGCAUGUGUAUACGCACAAAUCUAAAACCAAAGUACAUGCUUAUGAUUUUUAAAUAUCACACAGUGCACCAGGACAUACAGUGAGAAAUAAGUCACCCUCCAACCUCUGCCCCCAGGCUUCAGCUCACCUCUCUUCAGAGGAAACCACCAUUACCAGUUUUGGGGUAUCUUUCCAGAAUUUUUUUUGCAUUUACAACCAGCUAUAGUUAUUCUGGUGGUGUAGUGGUUAAGAGUUAUGGCUGCUAACCAAGAGGUCAGCAGUUCGAACCCACCAGGCGCUCCUUGGAAACCCUAUGGGGCAGUUCUACUCUGUCCAGUAGGGCCGUUAUGAGUUGCAAUUGACUCGAUGGCAAUGGGUUUGGGAUUUUUUUUUGGAUAGUUAUUCUGCUGGCUUGCAGUCCUCAUGCUUUUCUGCGCCUUGCUUUUCCACAGACGCCUCUGGGUACCACGUAGAGCAUUAUUUGCUGCUUUACGUGGCAGGUACCUGGGGUGGUCCUGCCCUGUUGCUCCUCUCAGGCAGGGAGGGGGAAGCUGGAGCUGGCAUUCACCAGUCUUUGCCUCAUUCUGGGGUGCUGUCCCUUGGGAAGUGGUGAGGAGGUACAGCAUAAAACCUGAACCCAUUGCCGUCGAGUCGAUUCCAACUCAUAGCGACCCUAUAGGACAGAGUAGGACUGCCCCAUAGGGUUUCCAAGGUUGUAAUCUUACCGAAGCAGACUGUCACACGUCUUUCUCCUGUGGAGCAGCUGGUGGGUUCAAACAACCAACCGAGUGCUUAAGCACUGCAUCACCAGGGCUCCUUGUGGUAUGGCAUAGUAGUCAAAAUACACACAGACAAAUUGUUUCAAGUACAGGCUGAUAUUGGCUGUGUGACCUUCGACAGGUACCUCAUGUCUCUGAGCCUCAGUCUCCUGAUCUGUGAAACAGCAAGUGCUCAGUAAGGGCUGAGCUGGUUCUUGGCAUCCAACUCCUGCAGCCCCAUCCCUGAGCCUGCAGGUGGCACUUCCACCUUGGCCCUGAGGCGCCGAGGAUGGAGCUGAGAGGCAGUAAAGCCCAUGUGCAAUCUGGACGCUCAUUGCAUUUGAUUUUUCUUCCUGGGACCCAUGAAAUGAAAGUGGUUGGAUGAUCUGGGACCCUGAGAGUGACCCCUCAUUUUACACAUAUAGUGUCAAAGGUGGCUCUGCUGUUUUGUUUUGAGAUACAGUUCACAUACAUAAAAUUCCCUUUUUGACGCGUACAGUUCAGUGGUUUUUCGUACUCUCACGAAGUUGUCCAACCACCACCACUAUCUAAUACCAGAGCAUUUUCAUUUCCCAAAAGAAAAGCCUGUACCCGUUAGCAGUCACUCCCCACUCUCCCUGCCCCCCAGCCUUGGGAACCACUAAGCUUUCUGUCUGAGUAGUCUGGACAUUUUAUGGAAAUGGUUUGUACAAUAUGUGGCCUUUUGUGUCUGGCUUCCUUCACUUAGCAUAAUGUUUCCAAGGUUCCUCCAUGUCGUAGUGUCUGUCAAUACUUCAUUCUCUUUUUUUUCGAACAGCUUUAUUGAGAUCUAAUUCACAUACCAUCCAGCUCACUCACUUCAAGUGUACGAUUCAGUGAGCUUUGGUAUAUUCACAUAUACAUGCAAGUAUCAUCACAGUCAAUUUUAGAAAUGUUUUUAUCGUCACCUCAAAAAGAAAUCUCAUACCUUUUUCCUAUCACUCCUUUACCCCUCUACCACUCAGCCCUAAGCAACCACUAAUCGUUCUCUCUCUAUAGAUUUUUUUCUUCUGGAUUUUCAUAUGAAUGGGAUCAUAUAGUACGUGGCCUUUUGUGACUAACUUCUUUCACUUCGUGUGUUUUCAAGUUUCUUCCGUGUUGUAGCGUGUCUCAGAACUUCAUUCCUUUUUACAGCUGAAUAUAUUCCAUUUUGUGGAUAUAUCACUGGUUAGGAGCUACAGCUGCUAACCAAAAUGGUCGGCUGUUCGAAUCCACCAGGCACUCCUUGGAAACUCUGUGGGGCAGUUCUGCUCAGUCCUCUAGGGUUGCUGUGAGUCUGAAUCGACUCGACAGCAACGGGUUUGGUUUUGGUUUUUUUAACCACUGGUUUGUUGAUGGACAUUUGGUUGUUUUGACCCUUUGGCUCUUAGGAAUAAAGCUGCUGCAAAUAUUCAUGUACAAGUGUCUGUGUGAACGUAGAGUUUCAUUUCUCUUGGGUUUAAUUCCUAGGAAUAGAACUGCUGGAUCAUAUGGUAACUCUAAGUUGAAUUGUUUAAGGAAUUGCCAGACUAUUUUCCAAAGUGGCUGCACCAUUCUACAGCCCCACCGGCAGUGCCUGAGAGUUCUGAUUUCUUCACACCCUCACCAGCACUUCUGCUGUUUGAGUCUAGCCAUCCUACUGGGCGUGAGUGGUAACUCUUUGUGGCUUCAAUUUGCAUUUCCCUGAUGACUAAUGAUGUUGAGCAUCUUUUCAUGAUAAAAACACUUAGCAAACUGAGAAUAUAAGGAAACUUCCUCAACUUCAUAAAGGGCAGCUAAGAAAAAUCCACAGCUGAGAUCAGACUUAAUGCAGAAAGACUGAAAGCUUUCCCUCUAAGAUCAAGAACAAGACAAGAAUGUCUGCCCUCACCACUUCUAUUCAACAUUGUAUUCAAGGCUCUAGCCAGGGCAAUUAGGCAAGAAAAAGAAAUAAAAGGCAUCCAAAAUGGAGAGGGAGAAGUGAGACUGUCUGUGUUCACAGAUGACAUGAUCUUAGAAAAUCCUAAGGAAUCCUCUGAAAAAAAAAAACCAAAUGAUUAGAAUAAAUAAUUCAGCAAG